AUGACUGAAUUUCUUAUUUCACAUGGCGCAGAUAUCAAUGAAAAGAAUGAAAAAGGAAAAACCGCUCUCCAUAUUUCAGUGGAAAAUUAUUAUCAAGAAGUAGCCGAACUUCUUAUUUCACAUGGUGCAAAUAUCAAUGAAAAAGAUAAUGAUGGAGAAACUGCUCUUCAUAUUGCAGCAAAACAUAAUCAUAAAGAAAUUGCCAAACUUCUUAUUUCACAUGGCGCAGAUAUCAAUGAAAAGAAUGAAAAAGGAAAAACCGCUCUCCAAAUUGCAGCAGAAAAAAAUUUUAAAGCAACAACUGAACUUCUUAUUUCACAUGGUGCAAAAUAA